CCCACCCGAGAAUUCCUGCGCCCAGCGCGAGACGAGCAGGCGAAGGCGCGUCGCUCCGCGGUCCCGCUGUCUAGUCUCGUCACGGACACGGCACCAGCAUGAGCCAGAGGUUCACCGUCACCGCUUUCUCCGGCAAGGCAGAGGGGACCUGGGCUCUGGGCGACGGGAGAGGGGAGAUCAAUCAGCUGUUCGAGGGCGACGAGUCCAGCCCGGGCUCCCCGGACAGAGACCCCGGCGCCGGCGCGCAGGAGGGAGAUACUGUCCAGCAGGUGCGCACCUUCUCCCCAGGUGAUGGCAACCCCAAGGAGAGCAGCCCCUUCAUCAACAGCAGCGAUGUGGAGAAGAGCCAGCAGUACGAUGGCAAGAACAUGGCCUUGUUCGAGGAGGAGAUGGACACCAGCCCCAUGGUUUCCUCCCUGCUCAGCAGCCUUGCCAACUACUCCAACCUCCCGCAGGGCAGCAAGGAGCACGAGGAGGCCGAGAACAACGAAGAGCCCCGCAAGAAGCCCGUGAAGGCUCCUCGGAUGGGCACUUUCAUGGGCGUUUACCUGCCCUGCCUGCAGAACAUCUUCGGCGUGAUCCUGUUCCUGCGGCUGACCUGGGUGGUGGGCGUUGGUGGGGUGAUGGAGUCCUUCAUCAUCGUCUUCAUGUGCUGCUCCACUACCAUGCUGACCGCUAUCUCCAUGAGCGCCAUUGCUACUAACGGAGUCGUGCCAGCGGGCGGCUCGUACUACAUGAUCUCGCGCUCCCUGGGGCCUGAGUUCGGGGGCGCCGUGGGGCUCUGCUUCUACCUGGGGACCACCUUCGCUGGGGCCAUGUACAUCCUGGGCUGUAUCGAGAUCCUGCUGACCUACAUCGUGCCCCAGGCAGCUGUGUUCAAGAUGGAAGGUCUGGAGGGGACAGAUGCAGAGGAGGCCCUGCUCAACAACAUGCGGGUGUACGGCACCUGUGUGCUGUCCCUCAUGGCGCUGGUGGUGUUCGUGGGGGUGAAGUACGUCAACAAGCUGGCCCUGGUCUUCCUGGCCUGCGUCAUCCUCUCCAUCCUCGCCGUGUACGCUGGCGUCAUCAAGACCGCCUUUGACCCCCCGGAAUUCCCGAUCUGCGUCCUAGGAAACCGCACGCUGAUCACGAAGGGCUUUGAUGUGUGUGCCAAGGUGAUCGAGCGUGACAACGGCACCUUCACCACCAAGCUGUGGCAGAUGUUCUGCGACUCGGACCUGCUCAACGCCACCUGCGACGACUACUUCGUCAACAACAACGUCACCGAGAUCCAGGGCAUCCCCGGGGUGGCCAGUGGCAUCAUCACAGAGAACCUGUGGAGCAACUACCUGGAGAAGGGGGUGAUAAUCGAGAAGGAGGGAGAGCCCUCUUUUGUGAACGAGGACGCGCCCAUCACCAUGACCAACCGCUACGUCCUGGCCGACAUGACCAGUUUCUUCACCCUGCUGGUGGGAAUCUACUUUCCCUCUGUCACAGGAAUCAUGGCUGGCUCCAACCGAUCCGGUGAUCUGCGAGAUGCCCAGAAGUCCAUCCCNGUCGGGACCAUCAUGGCCAUCACCACCACCUCACUUGUGUACAUGUCCAGCAUCGUGCUGUUCGGAGCCUGCAUCGAGGGCGUGGUGCUGCGGGACAAGUUUGGGGAGGCGGUGAAUGGGAACCUGGUGAUCGGCACGCUGGCCUGGCCCUCCCCCUGGGUGAUCGUGAUCGGCUCCUUCUUCUCCACCUGCGGGGCGGGGCUGCAGAGUCUGACGGGGGCGCCACGCCUCCUACAGGCCAUCUCGCGCGACGGCAUCGUCCCCUUCCUCCGGGUGUUUGGCCAUGGCAAGGCAAAUGGGGAGCCCACCUGGGCCCUCCUCCUGACCGCCUGCAUCUGCGAGAUCGGCAUCCUGAUCGCCUCCCUGGACGCCGUCGCCCCCAUCCUCUCAAUGUUCUUCCUGAUGUGCUACAUGUUUGUCAACCUGGCCUGUGCCCUGCAGACUCUACUCCGGACCCCAAACUGGAGGCCCCGAUUCAAAUUCUACCACUGGGCUCUGUCCUUCCUGGGGAUGAGUCUGUGCCUGUCCCUCAUGUUCAUCUGCUCCUGGUACUACGCCAUUGUUGCCAUGGUCAUCGCCACCUGCAUCUACAAGUACAUCGAGUACCGUGGGGCCGAGAAGGAGUGGGGUGAUGGGAUCCGGGGGCUGUCCCUCAGCGCGGCUCGGUAUGCCCUCAUGAGGCUGGAGGAGGGGCCUCCCCACACCAAGAACUGGAGGCCUCAGCUGCUGGUUCUGGUGAGUGUGGACCAGGACCAAAACGUGGAGCACCCACAGCUCCUGUCCUUCACCAACCAGCUGAAGGCGGGCAAGGGGCUGACCAUCGUGGGCACGGCGCUGGAAGGCACCUUCCUCAACAACCACCCCCAGGCCCAGCGUGCGGAGCAGUCCCUGAGGAGGCUGAUGGACGCGGAGAAGGUGAAGGGGUUCUGUCAGGUGGUCAUCUCCUCAAACCUGCGGGACGGGACGUCCCACCUGAUCCAGGCGGGGGGCCUGGGGGGCCUGCAGCACAACACUGUGCUGGUCAGCUGGCCUCGCAACUGGAAGCAGGCUGAAGACCACCAGACCAGGAGGAACUUCAUCGAACUGGUCAGGGAGACCACGGCCGCCCACCUGGCCCUGCUGGUACCCAAGAACAUCUCGGCCUACCCCUCCAACCAGGAGCGCUUCACCGAGGGCAACAUCGACGUGUGGUGGAUUGUCCACGACGGAGGCAUGCUCAUGCUGCUGCCCUUCCUGCUCCGCCAGCACAAGGUCUGGAGGAAAUGCAAGAUGCGCAUCUUCACUGUGGCCCAAAUGGACGACAACAGCAUCCAGAUGAAGAAGGACCUGACCACCUUCCUGUACCACCUGCGCAUCAGCGCUGAAGUGGAGGUGGUGGAGAUGCACGACAGCGACAUUUCCGCCUACACCUACGAGAAGACCCUGGUGAUGGAGCAGCGAUCGCAGAUCCUGAAGCAGAUGCACCUCACUAAGAACGAGCGCGAGAGAGAGAUCCAGAGCAUCACGGACGAAUCUCGUGGCUCGAUCCGUCGCAAGAACCCGGCCAGCACGCGCACGCACCUGAACAUUACCGAGGAGCAGCCGGGCGGCAGCGAGGAGGAGAAGCCGGAGGAGGAGGUACAGCUCAUCCACGACAAAAACGCCACGCCAGUCCCAGCCAGCCCCCAGUCCCCUGCCGAGGAGGUGGAGACCCCUGGGGAGAAGGUGCACAUGACCUGGACGGAGAAGGGCAAGGCCUCGGGCACCACCACCCCCGAGGGCAUCAAGGACAUCUUCAACAUGAAGCCAGAAUGGGAAAACCUGAACCAGUCCAAUGUGAGGCGCAUGCACACGGCCCUGAAGCUCAACGAUGUCAUCGUGAAAAAGUCCCAAGAGGCCAAGCUGGUGCUGCUCAACAUGCCUGGGCCGCCCAAGAACAGGAAGGGCGACGAGAACUACAUGGAGUUCCUGGAGGUCCUGACCGAAGGCCUCAACCGGGUCCUCCUUGUGCGCGGCGGGGGCCGUGAGGUCAUCACCAUCUACUCCUGAGGGGCCCGGCGCGCCCCUCCCACCACCCCUCCCAGCCCCGCCUCUCCACAGACUGCACCCUUCCCCAGCACCCUCGCCCCCCCGGGACAGUCCCGCCGCCCCCCACCACCCCAGCAAUAGCCUCUCCUGCCCCCCACAUCGCCCAGAGCACCCACAGAGCCCUCCCCCGCGCCCGACUCCUGCCAACACCCCCGAGUGUCCCAAGACCAGUCGUGCUUCUGCCAAAAACCACUCCCUCCCUCACUUCCUGCUUCCACGCCUCCGUGUCUGCCUCCUCCGGCUCACGCGCGACGGGGGCCGCUGUCCCAGAUCCCACCACAGCCCCGGCUUCGCGGCAGGGUCCGCGUCUGAUCUCGAUGUCCGCUGCGUCCACCCCGGAGGUGCCAGUUCGUGAGAAUUGAAAGCGCGUGCCAUCCCGAGCAUGCGGGUUCUAACACGGCGGUUGUUUUUUUUUUAUCUUCGCACCACGCCCGAGGGAGCCCGGCGCCUAGCGAGAUUCGUUCAGCUGUGUUUGCUCGGGGGCGGAGGGUGGAGCUGCAUCAUCUCCAGGCCUGACGCCUGCGGGGCGCCGUCUCUGCGGUUCUGGGAGGGGAGUGGGGGCAGGGGUGCGCUUGUCUGUUUCUUAACUCGCUUCCCGCCCCCCCGCCUCUUCAGAUGCCCCCCGGAACGCGAGUCUGUCCCGGAGCAGGGCCAGCUCGGCCGGCCUGCUGCAGGGGCUCUCUCCCCGUCUGCGUCUCCUUCGUUGACGCUGGGUGCGUCCGACUGUGUUCCCUGUCAUUCCGGGUGGUGGGCUCAUCUCGUAACGCCCCCAGCCCCCCAGUCUAUCUUUCGUCAGAGUGGGGGGCGGGGGGGGGAGGUGGGCUAGCUUGUUUUAUGGAGUUCUUCUUUUCUGUGUUUUAUUUUAUCGUCUGUAAAAAAAAAAGGGGGCAAUUUUCCACAAGAAGAAGGUGGGGAAUGGCCGAGGGCAGGGGGAGUGCGGGGAGCUGUAGGCAGUGGAGUGCGGUCUUCCUGUGGGGUGGUGGCAGAGCUCCAAGAGGACAAGACAUCGUCUCUAAGGCACAGCCACGGCUCAAGGGUGGAGACCGUGCAGCCCAUCUCUUUCCAGGCCAGAGCAAGAGGCCACUCGGGCAAAGCAUUGAAAGCAUCGAGCGCGGAGGGUGGAGAGAGGCCUGGUUCGGGAGCUGACGGCCCGCGGCCUGCAGAUGGCGGUCCUGGGGGGCUGGAGUGACUCACGGGACGCUGGGUUCUGAGCGCACUGCACUUCCAUAGCACCGCUCUUGCCCAUUUCCCCUCUGGCGUGUGGACUUUCAAAGCAAGUGGCCCAGUUACAGGUUUGCCCUGCUCAGAGAUCCUUAUGAUCAAACCCAGUGGCUCUCCAGCAGUGUGAAAGGGUUUCGCUGGAGCUCAGAGGAAGGGGCGCAGGGGGGUAAGAGAACACUCCCCGGGCAAAGCAGGGCCGUGCCUGGCAGGGAGCGCAAAGGAGAGGAGCGCGUGCGAGAGGCAUCUCGGCCGGAGAUGAAAAGGGGAGAAUUGAAAGAAGAAAACGGGACAGCUUUGCCUUUGAACUCCGCAGCGCUGGGCUGCAGGGGAGCAGCUGCCUUCGCCUGAUUUCAAGAACAAGCUCCAGUUCCCUUUCACUAAACCAGGCAGUGGGGCGGCUCUCCAGAUUGGCGUUCUCCUCCGUUUUUUUCUUUAAAGAACGCCAUGGAUCCUUGCGCUGGUGUGAGGCCCAGGGCGAGAAUGCCUUUCCCCCUGCGCGGCUCUCAGAUAGUGCCUGAUGUCCCUGCCAGCUGGAGUCCAGCUGUCCAUCGCCUCUCCCACAUUUUGAAAGACAAAGUCCUUCUGAGCAGGCAGCACCACUGCAAAACUACUUCUAGUGCUUUCCCCAAGAAAAAUGUCUACAUUUCUUUCUUAAUAAUGCUACUGCAAUUCAGGAUGUCUGUAACGUGCAUAUGAAGCAUAACGCAUUUGGCUUUUUCGUCAAUCCACAUGCCUAUUCAUGUUUAUAACUUAAAUGUUACUUCCAGGAAAGAGCAGAUUGCUUCAUUUUGAGAAAUAAUCUAUACAACGGGUAGUAUAGAGAUCCUUAAGAUGCAGUCUAAUGAAGGUAACGUAGAUGGCAGGGCAGCCUGAACAUCACCACCAGGAACUCAGCUCUAAUAACUGACCUGUGGCUUGCAGGUCUUUUCGCCUCUGUUCUCUUCGGGCAGCUGUAGCUGAUGGCAGAACUGGUUCCCAGCUUGCCUUGAUGGUCCCACACUUCUGCAGACAGCGUGCAGCUGUAUUGUUCACUGGAGAGGGGGUGCGCAGCAGGAUGGGUAGUCUUCUCUUUACGAGGAUCUGAAAUAGGGUGACUACACCAAAGUUAGGUUUCUAACGUGUUCCCUACCAGGCCAAUAUCAAGCAUGCAAAGCAAGCUCUGCACUAUGCUUUCAGUAUGGAAGGAGUGUCCAUUAUAUUUGCACUGAAUUUCAGCCUGUCUGUGUUUGUGCUGGGGCAUUUUCUGGGUCUGCAAGGGAACACAGGCAGAGGGGAAAUUAGCAAGCCAGCUGAGAGACUGUUCACUCUGGAGAUGGGACAGACGCAACCCAGCUGAACGAGGAAGGAGAUGGGGAAACAUCUGAGGGACCAUGAGCACUGUGAAAGCAAGGAAAUGGGCCGCUCUCUCACGCCCAGCAAAGGGACUCCCUGCUUUGGAAAGACGGGGCUGGAUCCAGACUUUGAGUUUGGUAGUACUUUCAUCUUUGGGUAAGAGGCCGUGGGGGGAAUUACUGAAGCAGGUGAGAGAGCUAAGAUCUGUGCAAUUCUGGGGGGGGGAUGUGGGUGUGGAGGGAGCAGUGUCACACAAGGUCAAAGGUCACUGUCCAAACCCAGACAUAAGUAGCCGAUAAUGGAUUCUGCAGGUCCUUUGCCAAGUUUGUCCGAGUCUCUGUUUUUUUUACACAAAAAAAAAUGCCGGGAGCCAAAGGAGAUAUAAACCACAUCAAAAAUGAUUGCACCAAGUAUCAGUUGGUUGUUGUGCCAAAGAAAGUGAAGCUGGAAAAGAAACUGUGGUACUGGAUAGAUGCUGUGGUCUCUGAAGUGGGCUGGGCAGUUUCCUUUAUUAUUCUUGAAGAAGGCCUGUUUGACACUGCUGGGAGGUGCUCUCACUCCACGCCAGAAGCUGGAAACUUGUAAAUAGUGUACAAAGCCCAACACAUUGUUGUAUAUCAGUAAUAGUAUUUCUGUGACUAAUUAACAGCUUCUAGCAGAGAAACAUAUUUGCCACAGACUGGGUUCACUCAGAACGCUGCAAGGUGGAUUUCUCACAUCUGAUUUUUCUUCUUGAUAUCGAUAUGAGGUUUUUCAUGAAAAACUAACGAAUUGCUCCUCUCCCCUUGUUUUGAAGAGAAGGGGAACAGGAGGGGGCACUGUGCAAUGGUGUAUGUACUUUACCAAAACUGCAUUUUUUUGUUCUCAAGUAUUCUAUAUACUCUCUUACAUGUAGUUCCUCUGAGAAGAAAAAAAAACAGGGGAACGAAUAUAUUUUUUGUCUAUGUUCAAAGUAAACUACUGGGGGGAAAAAAGACGUUUGUAAUUUACCUGUAGCUACAUGAAAAAUUGGAAAAGAGAAACCAGUGCAAUUGUCUGCAGUAAAGACAUUCUCAUUUCGCAUUCAUUCCAGUUGAACGUUUUGCAACAUUUGCCAAAAAAAACAAAACAUUUAAAGAUUAUUUGUUGGUACCAUGAUGGAACCUGCAGUUCCUUUGCUAGUUAAGUGAGAGAUUCUGACUGCCCACAUUGGGCAGCUGAGAGGAGGCAGAGUGUUUCCCCGGUUGCUCCAGGCAGGGGGCAGUGUAGCAGAAGGGAUGAGGACGGGGCAUAGGAACGCAUGGCAGUAUGGGAUUGAUCUGCAGAGGCCGGCAGCCAUGCAUUUCUCCACAGGUAUGGGCUGGCUUACAGGCCACAAAACUGAGCCUCUCAGUCCAGCUUAGCCGAUUGCAGAACGCUUGAUUGAGCCACGAGGGCUGCAGUCUCACAGAGCGACACAGGAUUUCAGCGUCCUGCUUUAUUCUGAUUGGCAUGGGAAAGCAGGGUCCUAAUGGGAGCUGUGGUAAGCAGUGUGUUGAAAAAGAACACCUGUGGAGAAGUGGUUCCUGUUUGCUGGCAUUGUUUGUCUUGAAUUGUGCGUUUCCGGUUAGGGGUUUCAGAGCUCUUCAGUCUGCUCCAUGCAGGUUCCAUUCACGUCUGUGGAGUACUGUCACAUUUCACUGCCAGAGCAGAUGGUUUUCUGGUGCCACACGGAUUCUUAAAACAAUCACAGAACUCGUCAAGGUGGAGCUUCGUGAGAAAGAGCAUUUUAACACCAUUAUUGAUCAAGGCAAUUUUUAAUUAACAAAUCUGACUUGAAACCUUGCACCUUUAGGAUGUAGGACCCACGGGUACUCGCACAUCCGAGAGGAGUGGAAAAUAGAGUUUCUUUCUGCACGGGGCACGCGUGGAGAUUCUGUUUGAAACAGUGUUCGAGUGGGUGGUUAGAGGGUUGGAGCAGAACUGUUGUAUUUUACAAUAGGAAUGUGCAGUGCUUAGAAAACAGAUUCAUGCAUUCAUACUAUUUAUUUAUUUUUAUACAAAGUGAUAUUUUAUAUAUGUACUUUUCAUAACUAAAGAAUUCAGCUUCAGUAAACUUUGGAGUAAAGCUGAGUGAGUGAGAAUUAUAAUUUAUCGUCUGUACUCUGAUAGAAACUGUUUUUUGGUCAUAUGUAGCAGAGAUAAGAUGAAGAAUAUUAAUUAUAUCUAGAUAUAUAUUUCAAUACACUUUGUUUUUGGGAAAAAAAAGAAAAUUAGUUUAUAGAGUCGUCUUAAAAAUGACGAGGAUUUAUGUUUUUUGAGUACGUCUGUGAGAAGUUGUUGCUUAUAAGAGAAAUUUUUAAAUCUUUAUGAGUUGAGAAUGCUGCUAAUCUAUUAGAUUACUUUGUACUGUAUAAAAAAAUUAAAAGAGUGUAAAUUGUAUACAGGAGAAAACCAGAAAAGGGUCGAUUCUCAGAGAAAUACAUAUCAGUGAGGGUGGGUAUCCCUUCUGAGAACUGGCAGGGUUUGAGCACUUUUACAAUCCUGGUGGUCGAGUGGGGGAGACAGGAGGCGGAUUCAGGGGGAACAGUGCACUGUUACAGGAAUCAAGUCCAGGCUGUUUCUCAGCCUAGCUGCAUGUAACACAGAGUAGGGGUCUCCAGCCCUGUGCCAGACUCCCUUAUUUGUCAGGUCUGGCAGCACCAAUGUUUGUUUUUUUAUUUCAAAUAGUCGCUUUUAUAUCAGUCGAACACGUCUUGUGUUCAAUCAAGGGAACUCUGGUCCUCUGAGGUCUGCAGGGUGCCGACUGAGUUCUAGGUUCUCGCUGAAUCUCUUCAUCUAGCAAAUCACCUACUGAGCUGAUGGAGGUGAGAUACCCUCCAGGCUUCUUCAGCAUGUGGGCAGUUCUGUCCCGGGCUGCCAGCUUGUGGAAACAGGUGUUGCCUUGUUCUGCUUGCCUGGCGCUACGAAGGGAUCUGCAGCUGGGAGAGUCGACAGGCGUGUUCAUUACAUCGCUGUUGCCGUACUAAUUCUGAGCACUGCAGGCCAGACAGUGUGCGGUGCUGUAGUGUAUCCGAAGGCUCUUCACAGCCCUCCCUGGCCCGCAUGCUCCUCAUCUUCGCUGUCCCAGAGGGACCAUGUGCCAGACGAGCAGCUCACUGUGCCUCAGUGGAGCCCGUGGACUGCAUGUGUUUAGGCAUGCGUAGUGGAAGGCACCCUGGGUAAUUGGCCAAAAGAGUCUGAGGCGAGCAGUGAAAACAUGACAGGAUACGAUAGGAUAGAGGGGCAAGUCCCCACUCCUGAUGGGCAAGGCUGCGCUGUGAGCACACAGGAGGUCCCAGUAAGGAAUUCUGAAUUCUGGAUUUUUCCAUAGGAAGUGCUGCGUCGACCCAAGCCCAUCAGAGUUAGAAGGCACAUAUCGCUAAGCUCCAGCCAGUACCUUGUCCAGAUAGAUUGCAGUUUACAUUACAUUGCCUUCCUAAAACCUUAUCACUGACGACUGAACUCCAUGCAGUAAUAAUGGAGCUGUCUGGAGAUCGACAGCUCAAAAAAUAUCAUCCAGCCUGUAGACUGGAGAGUGGUCACGUUUAUGUAAUUGUUUUUUUUUUCUCAAAUUACUUUCUGUGUUUGAUGCACUGCAUGCUUCAGUGGCGACCGGAGUGGUGUCUGUGGACGGCUUGCAUGGAGGCUUAACAAUCCUGUCUUUUCUGAGCUGUGUCCUGAUUCACCGAGCUGCUCAGUGUCGACACGUCAAAAUAGUUAUAAUCCGAGAAUGCUGGGAACUGGGAUCACGGCGGUAGCCAAGAGGCACUGUUACAGAACAGUGUUUUUCUUAUUUCAGAUUCUAUUUGUGUUGUAGUAGAAUAAGAAAUAGGGAUGGAUAUUGAAUGGGAAAGGUUUUCAAUUGUUUGUGAGCACUUGGAAUGGCAGCAAUAGAAAAUAAAAUACAACUUGAUGUCCCUUGAUCAUUUAGCGUUCUUCUGUGUUUCCAGAUGACUUAAAAAAUUAGCUUAGAUGAUAGUUUUGCAUAUGCCUGCGUAAAAGUGCAAUAGAGUUUUACGUUCUUGUAGUGAUUAAAAGGAAAAAAUGAUAUAGUUCUAAUAUCAUUCUGUGCUGCUUCAUGUGUUAUAUGUUGCUGCUUUCAGUGACUGCAGGAGCAGUCUCGAUUCUGUUUCAGUUCCAGCUCUUUCUGCCUCUUAUCUUAUCCUAGAAACACCCUUCUUAAAGGAAAAUAUUUCUAGUGUGCGGUCAACUUGGUUGCAGUGAAGAGCACUUGGAAACGGGUGAGCUCUGGCUUGGACAGGGGUGAAAAACUCCCCCAGGAGUCUUGUGUCCGGUACACACUCUCCCCCUAGUGGAGACAUGUAGCACUGCAUCCUGCGGAGGCAGAGUGAGGCGGGAGCAGGAGAGUGUGUGUGUGUGUGGGGGGGGUGCUGGCACUCACAGGCUGAAAACCCUGACAACAGACCUGCAAUUAAAGGAGAAUGAGAAAAAGAUAGAGGGAACAGCAUUGUCCAGCAGACCAUGAAGCACACGGCAAGGAGCUUAUUUAAACAAUUUAGUGCUCUUGCGGUUUCAUGGCAUCUGGAAUGGGUUUUAUUUUCACAGCAGAGGCAGAACCAGCCAGGCCAGACGAAGGCAUUUUAGGCCUGUCUAUCACUGUGUUCCGUUAAUUGUGUCUUGCUGUGGCAUUGCUUGUUUACACGGCCCUCAGACUCACUGUUUUACCUAGAUGUUCUGCAGAUUAUUGUGGGACAGUUGCAUUUGCUACAAUCCUCAGUUUUAAAUUCACAUUAGCGAAAAGGUUUUCUGGCAGGAUUUUUCUGUGCAUAGGUGUGCAUUUCAGGCUUUUGUACUGCAUCUGUUAAUAGGACCAUAGAUCCCCACCUUGAUUGCUGCCAGAAGGUGUGCUGCUUUCUGGCGAAACGCUUUGGGUCUUGAGAGGAACUCUGCUGGUUCCCCCACUCAUUAAGCUGAGCGCCCCCCUAGUCCCCCAGCACUGAACAUGAGCCAGUGGUUGAACUCUGAGUACGGAGGAGAGAGUAUUUACAAGCGCUUCCAGUACUGACCUGGGCUCUGCUACAACUGUGGACUUGGGGCAGCGAGUCCUGGCUGUGCAGCUUCCAGAGAAGCUCCACACCCUGUCCCAGAGCGAGCCCCCCACAUCUGCAUGGCCGCUCCGGGGCUCCCUGGGCUGGGCUGGGACCCCCAGUGCUGCAGCCCUCCAGCCAGCCCGCGAGCCUGCUUUCACUGCCAGCUCCCUCUCUUUUCUUACAACCAUGUCAGAUUAAUCUUGUUCUGAAAACUGCAUGCAAAAAAAAA